CGAUCUUAUUAGGGUUCCACCAUGAAAACACGGCGGCGGAAGCUCUUGGAGGAUCGUCAAACCAUCGUUGGGCGAUCCAAUGCUGACGAGAACUCAUCGCCGAUGCCAAAUGAUCUCAUGUACGAAAUAUUCUUGAGAUUGUCGCCAAAAUACAUAGCGAGAUGCCGUUGCGUCUCGAAGCUAUGGUCUUCCAUACUUGACCAUCAAGAUUUCACGGAUCAGUUUCUGAAACAAUCUUCUCUUCGUCCUCGACUCUUGUUCGUCUGCCUAUAUGGCAGCAAAGUAUCCUUCUUCUCCUCGCCUCAGCCUCAAAACCCAGAUGAGAACACGCCUCCUACAACCGCCAGCCAUCAUAUGAGUUUACACUUAAAUGAUGUGUAUCAGAUACAUAGUCCUAUAAGUGGUUUGGUCGGUAUAGGAGAUUUCAGUAUCUUAAACGGAAGGAAAAGACCAGCGACGACCUCUGUGAUAUGUAACCCUAGCACAGGACAAUCCUGCACUUUACCGAGGAUAAAGACAAGGAAGAAGCAUGAGAUGAGAAGCUUUUUUGGGUAUGAUCCAGUUGGGAAGCAAUUCAAGGUCUUGUCAAUGACAUUGUCACAUGGUAACGCCAUCUCUGAGGAGCACCAUGUCCUGACGCUAGAAACUGGGAAACUUUCAUGGAGAUUGAUUGAAUGUUGUGUACCUCAUCAUCCAGAACAUGAAUCUGUAUGCAUUGAUGGUGUUUUGUAUUACAGAGCUGCACCCAACAUGUCUUCUUCCAUGGAUGAAUUUAUGAUAGUUUGCUUUGAUUUUAGGUCUGAGAAGUUCAGCUUUAUUAAAGCUACUGAACCUGGAGAAGUGCAUCGUGUACCAAGUCUGAAUCUGAUCAACUACAAGGGUAAAUUGGCUUCACUAAAGCCGAAUGGGUCUAAUUAUUUUUCUAGAGAAAAUACAAGUUUUGAGAUGUGGGUUUUGGAUGACCUAGAAAAAAAGGAGUGGUCCAAGCAUAGUUACCCACUUCCUCCUCAGUGGCAGAGUGUAGUUCCAAAUUAUAUUUUAAAGUGUGUUGGAGUGACUGGUUCAAAUGAAAUUGUGUUCUCAGAGGACAUUCCAUCCAACCCUUUCUAUGUUUUUUACUACAGUCUCGAGAAGGAAACUAUCAGAAGAGUUGAAAUCCAAGGAAUGGGAGGGUAUCUGAAACAUAGACUUUACACAUUUCUAAACCAUGUAGAGAAUGUGAAGGUUAUGAAAGAUGUUUUAUGACUUUAUAAUGGAGCUAGUUCGGCUGGCUCUAAGUUCUCAUCUUAUGGAUCACAUGAAUAUCUUACUAGCGCCCUUUAUCUUUCCGCUGGUUUUGUGUUGUUCUCUUGACUAUUAUAUGUAUGCAUGUUUUCUAAAUGCAUACCAUUUAUCCUGUGUUA